UUGGGAGUUCCAUUGUUCUGGUAGAGUCGCAGAGGCGUUAGGGUUGUAAGGUCGAGUCGCAACAAUGAAGACCAUUCUCUCCUCCGAAACCAUGAACAUCCCCGACGGCGUCAGCAUCAAGGUUCACGCCAAGGUCAUCGAGGUCGAGGGUCCCCGCGGAAAGCUCGUUCGAGACUUCAAGCAUUUGAACCUCGAUUUCGAUCUCAUCACCGACGAGAACGGAAAGAGGAAGCUUAAGAUCGACGCCUGGUUCGGCUCCCGGAAAACCUCCGCCGCCAUCCGCACCGCCCUCAGCCACGUCGAGAAUCUCAUCACUGGCGUCACCAAGGGCUACCGCUACAAGAUGAGGUUCGUCUACGCUCACUUUCCCAUCAACGCUAGCAUCACCAACAACAACAAGUCCAUCGAGAUCCGAAACUUCCUUGGCGAGAAAAAGGUUAGGAAGGUGGACAUGCUUGAGGGCGUAUCCGUUAUUCGAUCUGAGAAGGUGAAAGAUGAAUUAGUUUUGGAUGGAAACGACAUUGAACUUGUGUCAAGGUCUUGUGCUCUUAUUAACCAGAAAUGCCAUGUGAAAAACAAGGACAUUAGGAAGUUUCUGGAUGGUAUUUAUGUGAGCGAGAAGGGCACGAUUUUGGUGGAUGAGUAGAUGGUGAAGACCUGGGUAUGGUUUUUUAGUUUGCUGUUUAGUGGUAUUUGGAGACCCUUAGAGAUUGGAUUUUUCAGUUUUGCGCUGUCAAACUUUAAUAUUUUGGAAUAUUUUAUUUGGAAUUCUUACUUUUAUACGCCUUGGUCUGGAAUGUUUAAAUGAACUAGUAAUCUAUCUUGCAUUGCUGUCUCAUGUCAAUUUGUUUGUCAAUGACUAUUUUGCUAAUUUCA